AUGUCAAUCCUUCCACAAUCAGGUCGUCAAAACUCCCGUCACGGUGGACUGUUCCGUUUGGCGAAGAAAGGAUUGAAGCGAGGUCUCGAAAGCGCUCAACGCAAAAUUCUGAAGUUCGGACGACGUAAAAUAGGAAAUCAUAUUCCGUUGGUCAACUGUGAAGAGGAAUUCAUCACCGAUUGCCAUUACCGCAAACAGAAUACCGAAGAGCAGAAAAAGGCGAAAGAAGAAAAGAAACGACGUGAACUUUUUGAUCGCUCCUCCAUCAUUAUUCCAUUCCUUUUGAUUCGUUCUGACAUUCGCGGCAAUUACGAACUUUACUGCGACCAUCUCGAUUUGCUCGUUGAGAAUUUCUUGGCCGACUGCAAGGGAGUCAGAUACCUCGGAGAUGUCGUCACAUUCCAACAUCAACAUCUCGCCAUGAUCUUCAAGACGAUUGUCAGCAGAGUGUCGGGAAUCAAAGAACUGAUAUUGGAUUCGAUUGGAAAUACUCUAAUCAUGCAGACGAUUAUUGAUUUCUAUCAGGUUAUUAAUAAUAACAGCAAUCAUUGCGAAAGAUUCCAUCUUGAAAACUUGUCGAUUGUCGGCAGCACGCGCAUGAAUGACAUGGAAGUGCUUUCGUCGCUUCUGAUGCUUUCACGAAGAAGCCUUCAAUGCCUCAGACUUCGCUACUGCAAGGUUCACUCAUCGGAACAAGCGCUUCGUCUUUGGACCGCGGUCUCGCAAUGCUCGAAGCUCAACCAACUCCAAUACGAGCCAUACAAGUCGGAUCCAUUUAGCAGGCCGUAUUUGGUUGAUGCGAUUACCCGCAAGAAGAUGACAUCGUUGAUCCUGACCGACGUCGAGGGAAUCAGCAACGCUGAUGUAAUUGCCAUGGCAAACGGUGGAGGUCUUCACGAGCUCGCCGUCAUUGGCGAUAAUAUUACUCCAUAUCUUUAUGCUAUGCCGGAAACGAAGAAAAUUGUCCAGAACUUGGAUAGUCUUCUGAUUCAGAACGAUGAAACUUUCGAUUUGAAUGACUGCCAAAUGCGUAAUGCUAUCUUAUGCACCCUUCUUCAACUCUCUUCAUCUUCCCUUCUCGAAGUUAUCCACACAACCAAACCAUCCGUCUCUGACACAGCCAAAGUGAUCAGCUAUUGGUUGCAAUUGGCCAACGAAUCCGAGCGCACUAUUAUGCUCAAACUUGAAGAUUGCUCACAGGAUCGCCAGGAUGCUGCUGUUGGAAGGGUCCUCCGCAAAUGUCGCAAAGCGCAGAAGUCGUCGUGCUCGGAAAACGGAAUUUCGCUUUGCCUGGCCAAUGGAGAACUCAUUGUUCUUGACAAGAAGACGUGGUUCACGGAUGAGAAUAUUUGA